CGUUCAAGUAGACAGUAGAGCAACGAAUUCAGUCAUAUAUAUCCACUUCAUAGAAUAAAAGCAUUUCAAUAUAUAUAUCUGUUGUAUCCUAUAAAUAGGCCUAUGGCGUUGUUUUGGUGGAAUUCGAAAACCAGCACCUUCUUCAUGAUGGUUGUAGUUUCAAUUUGUGCAAGACAAAUUGCAGGAAAGGAGUCAUGCAGAAUUCCGAAAAUAAAUGAGGACAUCAAUUGGAAAGAGAUGUCAAGGACAUGGUAUUUGGGUUUACACACAAACGAUGUUGUGAUGUCAAAAGAUAUUGUUUAUUGCUGCAAAAGUGAAAAUGUUACAUCGACAUCAUACGGCGGCUCUAUGAUGAUCACAGAAUAUCAUCAGAAUUCACCUGCAAUAGUUUUUCCUGCUCACUUCAUUCGACAAGACAACGGUAUUUACACAGUCGAUAAAAAUGAUGAUGCAGCGAUAAUCGAAGCCGAAUCUCAGUAUCCUGAUGGAAAAACCAACGAAAAUGCUGCCAGAUUUGACAAGGCCAGGUUGGAUUCUCCUACCAUUCCUCUGAGUGACGGAAAAAACUACUUGAUUUAUGCAUGGUGUGUUUUUGAUAAAUGGAUCGUGUGGACGCAAUUUUCUACAUCCACGCCUACUCAACAUCAAAUUAAUGAAUUUCAACGGGCUUUAGAUAAAUAUGGAAUAAAUGCAGACAUGUAUCCUUGCCAACAAGUUGAUGCAAAUAAAUAAUUGGACCAAACUGAUAUCGGAAUAUGGUUAUACGCGGAGCACGAAAAUUAUAUUGUGCGCUCCAUAUUAGCGAUUAUGAAACUUAUACCAUUAUAUUGAAGCCAAUACAUUUAUCUUUGAAGUACUGCAUUCUAAUGUAGCUAUUAUAUAUAUAUAUAUA